GAAUGUAGACAGACGAGUCAGAGCAGACGCUGACAGCUCAAACGCUUCCUCAUGGGCGGUUUGUUAUGAAGCUAGUCAGCUAACACAGAGUUAGCCCGUUGGUCAGAGCGUUAGGUGAUUUAACUGUAUGUGCUUCACAAGAGGAGCUGCUGCUGCUGAGUUAAUAAACCAGAAAUGUGGACGAGCACAUUUGCACGUUUGGCCCGGCCUGCCCUGCAGAGGAGCACCGCUGCCGUGACCUGCCAGGUUCUGAAAGCUUGUUGCAGAUCGGGGCAGGCUGCAGGUCGUCUGCCCCCGAGUUUGACAUCAGUGCAGCUUCGAGGGCAGCAGUCUCUGGUGUCAGCCUCCCAUCCUGCAUCUCGCCAGUUAGUGAGACAUGCCCGGGCUCUGGAUCAGGAGAGGCUGGUGGAGGUGGAGUGGGAGGAUGGAGGUCACAGUUCAUACCCAUUCACCUGGCUAAGGGACAACUGCCAAUGCCCGCUGUGUACUCUGCAGUCAGCUCAGGCCCGGGAGCUCCUGAUGUGUGAUCUUGAUAUUCACACAGGGGUUGACACUGUGGAGGUUACCAAGGACAACAAGGUGUCUAUAGUGUGGCCAGACCAGCACACCAGUGUGUUUGACCCAGAGUGGCUGAAGAAAAGAUGUUUCUCUUCUGCUGCCAGACAGUCACUGCAAGAAGAGCUUUUUCUCAAUGAGCGUUAUUAUUGGGAUUCCACGCUGUGUAUUCCCACCGCUGACUUCCAACAAGUCCUCCAGGAUGAUAACGCAGCACUGGCCUGGCUCUUGGCCAUGCGCCGCUUUGGCGUCGUCUGCCUGAAGGGGGCUCCAGCAGAGCAAGGCCAAGUGGCCAGACUCUGUGAGAGGAUUGGCUUUCUCAGGCUAACGUUCUAUGGGCAUACAUGGCAGGUCCAGGACAAAUACAUGGCAAACAAUUUAGCCUACACUUCAAAAAAGCUUAGUGUCCACACGGACUACCCUGCGCUAAACUUCCCACCAGGAGUGCAGUUCAUACAAUGCCUCUGCCCUGCUGUGGAAGGAGGGGAGAGUCAGUUGGUGGACGGUUUCCACAUAACGCAGCAGCUGCAGAGAGAAGACCCCGAGGCCUUUCAGAUACUCACAUCGCUCCUCGUCAACUUCCAGGACGUAGGACGCGACUACUGCGACUUCCACCUGCUUUCUAAACACUGCAUUAUUGACGUGGAUCGUGACGGCCGAGUUCACAGGAUUAACUUCAACAACGCCACCAGAGAUUCAGUGCUGGACCUCCCGCUACAUCAGGUCCAGCCCUUCUACAGAGCAAUCAAGGCCUUCACAGACCUCAUGGACCGACCCGAGAAUGUGGUCUCCUGCAGACUGGAGUCAGGUGACAUCAUGACCUUUGAUAACUGGCGUCUGCUGCAUGGGCGAAAGAGCUUCGUUUCCAGCCCGGACAGUUCCCGACACCUGGAGGGCGUCUACCUGGACUGGGAUGUGGUCAUGUCACGCCUCCACAUUCUCCGUAACUCUGUCCACAAGGACAGUUGAGUUUCAGAAGCUACAGCUACAUUUAAAAAAAAAAGAAGGAAACAUUUGAGGGGAAUUUAGUCGCAGAGUCUGGAGUUGCUAAGAUGAAGAAGAUGAAGAAGUGCAAAGACGCUGAAAUGUUCAGGUCAUCACGUUUGUUAACUAAAGCUGUUUUAUUAGAGUUUCAAUACGUACGUUUAGGUCCAAUGUGUCAGAAUUAAGGACAUCUAAUGAGGUGAGGCUGCUACAGUUGAUGCCAAAAUUAUUAGCCCCCCCUUGUGAAAUUAGACAAAACUCUUUAUUUCUCUCUGGAAAUGACCAUUAACAACAAGUGUCUGUAUUGCAUUUGUUUCCAAAAUAACAAAGACAAAAUGUCCA